AUGAGAUGCCCAACUGCAGUUUUGGGGAUUGUUUUGACAUUGAUUUCUUGGGAUGGAGUAUACUCAAAUGCCACCCAUUAUAAGGGAGAGGAGAGAGAAGCCCUUCUAGACUUUAAGCAUUCUCUCACCGAUCCUUCCAACCACCUCUCUUCCUGGGUUGGUGAUGAUUGUUGCAAGUGGACAAGAGUUCGCUGCCACAACACCACUAGCCAUGUCAUCCAUCUCAACCUCCCUAAUUUUUUCCCUAUUGAUGAUUAUGAAUCUUUUGAUGCUAUGUACAAGAGGUCCUGUUUGGGUGGGAACAUAAACGGCUCUUUGCUGCAAUUGAAACAUCUUCAGCAUCUGGACUUGAGUGACAAUUGCUUUCUGGGACAACAUAUUCCACAGUUCGUUGGUUCCCUCACCAAUCUCACUUAUUUGAACCUUUCUUCUACGGGAUUUAUGGGCCCUAUUCCUCCUCAACUUGGGAGCAUGCUUUGUCUUGAUAUUGGUAGGGAUGAUUAUUUGUACAUUGCAGAUGAUUUAAUAUGGAUUUCUCAUCUCUCCUCAAUUGAAUUCCUUGACAUGACCUAUGUCAAUCUCAACCGGGCAUCUAAUAAUGGGCUUCAGAUGAUGUACAUGCUCCCUUCCUUGUCCACGCUACACUUGUCUCUCUGUUUCCUCAGUCACCAACUUCCUCUUUCUCAUGUCAAUUUUUCUUCCCUCGUCUCUCUCGAUCUCUCCUAUAAUAGUUUCAUGGAUUCUUCGACAUUAGGAUGGCUUUCUAGUAUCUUUUCUAUUGUUUCGCUUGAUUUGAGUUAUAACCGAAUUCUUGGUUUGCUUCCUGCCCUUCUACGAAACCUAACUACUCUUCGGUUCCUUAAUCUUGCUUAUAACCAAUUCAACUCUGCAAUACCAAAGGUGUUGUAUGACAUGACCAGCCUCCAAAUUCUCGAUCUUAAAUACAACAAUUUUCAAGGAUCAAUUUUAGGUGCUUUUGCCAACCUUACAUCACUCACAGAACUCCAGUUGUCUUCCAAUUACUUUGAAGGACAGAUUCCAAGAUCCUUGGGAAAUCCUUGCAAUUUAAGAAUUUUAGGUUUGUCAUUGAACCAACUUAGUGGAGAUAUUUCUGAAUUUUUUGGAGAUCAUUCAUCUGAUUGUGCAUCAAGGAAAUGCUGGAGGCCAAUUCCUGUUUCUAUAGGGAAAUUAUCAUCCUUGAGGAGGUUAGAUAUUUCUUCCAAUCUUUUCAAUGGGAGUAUUCCAGAAACUCUUGGAAGUCUCUCCAAAUUAGAACGAGUGUUUAUCUCUAACAAUUCCUUUGAAGACAUCAUUUCAGAAGUUCACUUUGCAAAUCUGACAAGCCUAAAGUAUUUUGCUAGACUUGACUCCCUCUACAGCGAGUUCACCGAGUUCCAGACCGAGGUGCGGGCUAACUUUCAUAUCCUCGGUGAGCGGUUGAGAGAGAUGAAUGAAGAGGACAUUGGGGAGGAUGACCAAAUGGAGUUGAGCAUCCUUGCUCUUCGUUUAAAUAAUUUGAAUGAAACUAUUCCCACCCAACUCUAUCAUCUUUAUUCUCUUCAAAUCUUGGACCUUGCAAAUAAUAGUCUCUCUGGAACCAUUCCAAAAUGCCUUGGUAACUAUAGUGCAAUGAUAAACAAACCACAUUUUUUUAAUCAAUUUUUGUACAAUGCUAAAAGCAGAAACUUGGAGAAGAUGCCACUUGUGCUAAAGCAAUUUAUGUAUGAAUUUAGCAAUUCUCUCGAGAAAUUAACAAGCAUUGACCUUUCAUGCAACAACUUAUAUGGAGAGAUCCCUAUAGAAUUAACCCACCUCAAAGGUUUGUUAUCUCUAAACUUGUCCAUAAACAGACUUCAAGGAAGAAUACCUGAGAUGAUCGGCAACAUUGCGUUCACUGGAGUCUAUUAA